AUGAGCCGAAAGAAUAGUGAAACGAGACUAGCGCAGCGCGGGAGUCGCCUAUUAAUAGGCCGCGCCUCGCGCUCGGUCGACGACAGGCGCCGGCCUAAAUUUAGUCGACCCGGGGGCGGCGAGUUCUCCCUAUUUAUGGUGCGAGUGCUCUCGUGGCGUGCGGCACCGGCUCUAAAUCGGUCCGCAGCCGAUGAGACUUCGUUCGGGGGGGAGGGGAAGGAAAGUGGGUCGAGGAGUCUCUAA